UAGUGUCAUAUAAUCUCUUUAUCAUUUCAGAUAUUAGAAGGUUUAAAUGCUGUGAGGAAAAGACCUGUAAUGCACAUUGGAAGUACGGGGUUUCGUGGUCUACAUCAUCUGGUUUAUGAAAUACUGGAUAACGCUGUUGAUGAAGCCCAAGCUGGUUUUGCUUCAAAAGUCGACAUUGUCCUACUCACAUACGGGUCAGUGUGCAUCACUGACAAUGGACGUGGGAUCCCGAUCGACUUGCAUCCAAGCUCAAAAAAGUCCGGAGUGGAGACCGUGUCGACUGUUUUGCAUGUUGGUGGAAAAUUUGGUGGUGCAAGUAGCGAUUAUAAAGUCUCGGGUGGACUACAUGGUGUUGGGUUAUCUGUGGUAAACGCGUUGUUCGAGGUGCUUAUCUUAAAGCUUUUAAUCCUUUUGUAAGUAUCAACUUGUACUUACUUUCUUUUAUUCAUCUUUUGUGCAUAAAUUACAAGUUACCGUUUGGCGAGAUUGCAAGGAAUGCUAUCUAAGUUUUACUCGUGGAAAGCCCUUUAAACCUUUAGCAUGCAAGGAUCUUCCACAUAAAAUAGGUAGGGAAGAAUGAAGAUGCCACUUAGUCCGAUGACACAUGCACAAAAGAGGCCAUUUGGCAGUGAUAUACAGAUUGUUAAGUCAGGAUUGUAUGC